AUGGAGUUGUUUGAGAACGCGCGCUCCGUGCGGCUGAAGAGCCACCUCGGCACGUACCUCUGCGCCGCCGACGACGCGGAGGCCGUCUCCCACGGCUACCGCCGCAACACCCGCGGCACCGUCUGGGCCGUGGAGCCCGCCGGCGACGAGUACGUCCGGCUGCAGGGCCAGCGCGGGCUCUACCUCGGCGCCGCGGACCCGGCCGCGGCGCUCGACGCCGCCACGCCCAGCUGCAGGGUCGUCCAGGGCGUGCCGUCCACCCCCAACGACAGCGCCUUCCUCUGGACGCCGCGGCGGGAGGACGCGGAGCGCGGCGGCGCCGGGUGCCUCACCCUGUCCGGGCCACUCGGCCGCCUCCUCCGCGCCAGCUUCGGGGAGACGCCGCGGGACAACGCCGUCACCCUCGACUUCGAGGUCGGCCCGGAGGAGAGCGCGUGGGUGGUCGAGGCCGUCCCCGCGGAGCAGGCGGCGCGCCCGCCGCCCUGCCGCGCCCAGUCCUGCGACGCUCGGAUGCAGGCGACCGCGGCGACGUCGGACACCGCGUCCAGCUCCUUCGUCAGGUUCUACUCCGCCAAGGAAUCCAAAACCAAGGUCGAGGAGCCGCCAUCAAUCGAGGAGCCUCCGCACAUGCCGGCGCGGCGCACCAUCUUCCACAACACGGCCAGGGAGGACGGCGCCGUGGACGACUUCGACGAGGGGACCUGGAGGUACUUCACGUUCGACGAGCAGAGCCUGUCCGCACUGAGCCGGAGGCUGCAAGAGGAGACCAAGCACAAGGACUUCGUCAUCUGCCGCCGGAGCGGCGGCGCCGCGCCCAGGCUGUUCCCCGUCGUCCUGGACCUGCCGCCCGGCAACGACGAGAUGGAGUUUGUCCUGGUCCUGGUGCCAUCUAGAGGUGCUACAGCUACUCUACUACUACUGGAGCUCGUGGCUUUCCUGAACAUAUUCUAG